AUGCUUGCCCAGAACGUCCUUUUUGCCCUCGUCGCCACUGUCGCUGCCGUCCCCCUUAACAUCAACUUGGGUGCCUACUCUCCUGCCCUGGUAGUCGGUGAUGGAGAGAUCUCGCUGGGAUCUACAGCAUCAGCUUCAGAACUGAUGGCUACUCUUGCUUCCGGAGCCGCAGCUGGUGGCGGUGGUGCUAGGCCCGCCGCUGCAGAGGCCGCUGCAGCAGCACCUCCCGCCAAACGCGCCAACCUUCGCCGCGCGAUCGAGGACAUUCUCGGAAAGCGCGCUAACGCUCCCAUCGCCAAGCGUGAGCCAGUCGAGUCCAAGAUGGACGCCGUCGAGGAGGCCAUGCAGUGGAUCAAGCGCGACCUCGCUGGCUUCAACGCAGCUCUCGGAUACGCCAAGGAGGCCCUCAAGGACCAGCCCAAGGUCGAAAUGGGCACUGAGAACGCCGGUGUCGGUAUCAUCGUCAACCCCGGUGUCAACGUCCCCGCUGGAUCCGCCGCCGCCGGUGGAGGUGAGAAGAAGGAGAAGCGUGACGAGGUCGUCGAGGAGGAGGAUGCGCCCAAGAUGACCCUCGUAGCCAUCACCGAAGUCUGA